GCGCCGGCUGCUGCCGCCGGGAGGGGGAGAGGGAGCAGAGUGCGGCAACCGGCGGCUGCCAAACAGCACGACCACCUUCCUCUCCCCCCCCCCCCCCCCUCCCCUCAGCCCGCUACCGGGCGCCUCAAGAAGAAGAAGAAGAUGUCGGCUACGUUGUGUCUCCUAUCCACCCUGGGCGGCUAUGUCCUGUCGGCGGCUCUGCUCUUUAGGUGCCCGACGCUGCUGCACAGCAAGAAGCGUCAGAGCUUCAGAUGCCGCCACAUCUCGCAUCGCGGGGGUGCGGGAGAGAACCUGGAAAAUACAAUGGCAGCCUUCAGGCAUGCUGUGCAGCUGGGAACAGACAUGCUGGAGCUCGACUGUCACCUGACCAAAGAUGAGCAAGUAGUUGUGUCACAUGACACCAACCUGAGGCGAACUACUGGUUUCAAUGUGAACAUCGAAACCAUCAACUUUUCAGAUCUUCCACUCUACAACUGCAGGCUACACGUGUCCUUCAAGAGAGAUGGUUUCUGUGAUGGAGGUGACGACAAGCGAAUUCCACUCUUGAAAGAAGUGUUUGAUGCUUUCCCCACUACGCCCAUCAACAUUGAUAUUAAAGUCGACAAUGACCUCCUCAUCGAGAAGGUAUGUGAUUUGGUGAUGGAGUAUAAUCGUCAGGACUUCACUGUCUGGGGCAACGGCAGUGAAGCUAUUGUGAAGAAGUGUUACAGAAUGAAUCCCAACAUCCCGCUUCUAUUUAGCCUGCAGAAGGUGCUGCUGCUGGUGGGUCUCUUCUACACGGGGCUCCUGCCGUUCGUCCCCUUCCGAGAGCAGUUCCUCGAGAUCCCCAUGCCCACCAUCAUGCUGAAGUUGAAGGGGCCGUGCAAGAUAUCCUGGACACAGCGGCUGGGGAUCUGGCUCGCUGACACGUUACUCAUGAGGAAAUGUCUAUUCGAGCAUCUCAGAGCGAGAGGAAUUCAGGUUUACAUCUGGGUUUUGAAUGACGAGGAAGACUUCAAGAGAGCCUUUGAUUUGGGGGCGACUGGAGUCAUGACCGACUACCCAACGCGACUGAAGACUUUCCUGGAAAGUUAUAGCUUCAAGGAGCAGUAGGAGGAGAGAUGGUAGAAGGGUGGAUGGGGAGGGGAGGGGAGGAGGCACGGAGCUCGUCAUUGUGGGCGGAUAGCUUGUGUUUGUACACAGAACACUCUCCCAGCUGAUGUAAACCUUCACUACAGCAACAGAAUGGCUUGAAGUGCUGUGUCUUGUUCUCUUCUGGCUACCUUUAAGUUGUACCGGCAGGCAGUGUUCCCUUUGAAAGCCGAUGGUUUGUUUGAAACGUUACUAUAUAAAUAUUUAAAGUACUUUGAGAUAUUUCAAGCCAAGUGUUUGUUGGGAAGCAGCUCCCCUGUCUAGAUGUCCACAUAAAUUUAUAUUUAAAAAUAAGUUUAUUUUGGACACUCGUGAAAACUCGUGAGGCCAUUUGUCCCAUCGUGCCCGCACUGGCAUUUAGAGAGAGCACUCCAAUUAAGCCCCCACCCCAACCCCCCCGGUAAUUCAUUCCCUUCCUUUUUUCAACUAUUUAUUCACUUCGCUUAGAAGAUGGGAUGGAAUCGUCCUUCAAGUGACGUGGACUGGAUCUCAGCAGUGAAAAUAAUGACCACGUUGGAAUAAAAAACUGGGACCUUCCGGAAAUGCCUGGAUCAGAGAGAAAUGAAACUUGAGUUUCAAGACAUAAACUUUGCAGGCUGUGAUGUGAUGGGGUUUUUUGGGGGGGGAGGGGGAAGUCCCCUACCCGAAGCGUCACCUAUCCAUGUUCUUCAGAGAUGCUGUCUGAUCUGCUGAGUUACUCCAGUAUUUUGUGUAUUUUUCUCUUAAUCCUAUUCUGAUGCUGAUUACAGUAAUAAGGGAAGGCCAAUUCAGUGUGAAGGCCCUUCAGCCCUCCAAACCUGUUCUGUCAUUCAAUAUGAUCGUGAGGGUUUUGUUUGUUGGUUUAUGGUCCAUCUUGGAUUCUGCCACUGAUCAUUAACCCUGUCUGGCAAAGGAGCUUUGAGUGGUUUAAACUGAUGAAUCUAGCCGUGGUCUGCUCCAGGCAGGGGCCCUGCACCCUUUACUAGAAGAAGCACCUCUACCCCUCCCUCAAUGGUUAUUCAAUGGUUCUUUAUUAUCACGUGUACCAAGGUACAGUGAAAUUCAUUUUUUUACAUACAGAUCAGUAACUUUAUUGCCAUACAUAAAUACAAUUCCCGAUCAAGUACUGAAUGCAUAAAACAUCCCACUGAGUUCAUAUGCAAGAGUCGCCAGGUUUUGGCACCAUUUUCAAAGACCCGGCUGCAGGUGGCCAUGAAGGCUCAUUGCAGCCAUCGCCUCCAUCUGAUUCGUCCGGCAAGCUAAUGUCCCUUUCCUCGCCCGGCCACCUUCAGCCUUGUGACCUGCCCUUGAUGUCACCUUCUGCUGGAGGCUCACAUUGGACUAGAAGGGGUCUCGCUGAUUUGAGUCCGAUUGUGCGGCAGAACUGAGGCCUUGUGCGGUUGGAGAUGACAAGAGAUAAAAAAACGACUUCUCUUCACCCCCGUGCAUCGAAUUAGUUGCUGCAGUCCUGUUCCUGCCUCCGAUGCCACCUUCUGCCCCUUGUGCUGGACAUUUCCCUUUGCCAAACCCCAUUGAUUUCUUCCAGAAUGCCUUCCCAAAACUCCCCCCAUCCCAACUUGUCUGAGCCUUCGGUAUUCUGGGAUGAAGAAUCUGGUUUAGUCCGGGUUGUCUCCCUUGACAGAGGCUGAAUAACUUUACCCAGAUCAGUCGGCAACCAAACCUGGAUACAUGUCUUGGUAACUCAUUGGGUGCGUGGCAGGUCUAACGGUUCGUGGAAGAGCCACUGGUUGCAGCAGUUCCCAAACCUAAUGCCAAUGACUGCACCGGGUACCAGAGGUGUUUGGAACAGCUGGAGGCUGUGUCACCACUAAUGACAUCUGCGGCAGACUGUUAUCCCACCAAUUACAUUUCUUGUGUCCUAACCCUCCACCCCGCUCUGAUGCUGUAAUCCAUAGGAACAAGAGUUCACAGAGGAUAUACAAGGAAUUGCAGAUCUGGAAUCUUAACCUAAACACAAGAUGCUGGAGGAUAUCAGUGGGUCAGGCAGCAUCUAUGGAUGGAAAUGGACAGAUGACAUGUCGUGUUGAGACUGAUUGAGAAGGGUUCCAACCUGAGAUGUCAACUGCCCAUUCACUCGAAGAUUCAGAGUGAAUGGACAGUAACAUUUUGGGUUGGGACCCUUCUCAAUCACUCAACACAAAAUGUUGCCUGUCCAUCUCCACCCAUAGAUGCUGCCUGACCCGCUGAGCUCUUCCAGCACUUUGCUCACAGUGGUGGUUGACAGUGGGUUGGUAGCCAAUAUUUGAGCAGUAAGUGGGGUAACUGGGUGAAUCUGUGGAGGGAAUGGCUCACUAACUUGACCCCAAAUUGUGUGGCUGAAUGGAACCCACGAGUGAUGGAGAAAACAGGACAGAUAACGAACCGACUCCUCUUCACCCAUGCCAGUAGAAUUGGUUACCACUGUCCUGUUUCAUUCCAGCCCUUCGUAUAAUCUUUUAACCUUUGCUGGUCCUCGAAUAUGUUCUCUUUCUGCCGAGCCUAUCUGCUGCUAAAAUCAAUUUCCGGAGAAAACAGGGUUUUUUGUUGCACCAUUUAAAAAUAUUUUGUGUCCGGUCCUAAUGCAGAGGAUGGGUGACCCCUCACUCACAGACACCAGCAGGGGAAAUGAGAUGGAGCCGGGUCUGCUACCACUCACGACUUGAACAGAAGAGCAGAUAACUAAUGUAUCAUGUUGUAGAAACUGGUAAAUACUGUCCUACUAAAGUUUGUGAUUAAAACAGUGUGAUUUGUGA